AUGAAGUCGUUCCUUCAUUCUAGUCCAUAUAGGCCACGCAGACCGUCGCAGUGGGGUGAAAGUGUGAGGCCUGAUGUCUGCAGUACCUCACGACAUCGCCGGUCCGGCAAUUCGAGAACGACCUUGGUCACCGUUCUGAUGGUACUGCUUCUGCCGUCGCUGGUUUCCGCAGCUGCGAUUCUAGAUGACUCUCACCCACUAGCUCAUGGCAUGUUCCUGUCGCGAACUGAGGCGUCUCCGAGCGGACAGAGUGUAACCGGCGAACAUCUGGAUAGUGGACAAUCCCGAUACGGCAAAACCUGGGUGAUCGAGAGCAGUCUAGCCGACGAAGCAGCCACGCUACCCAUCCUCGUCGCCACCGAGGAGGACGUCGAUGAACGCACUCCUUCGCACCUUCACACUCGUGCAGACCCGAGCACCGACUCGCUGCCGACACCCUUUGACACCAGUCUCUCCAACAACUUCACAGCCGACAGCUGCCCCAAGUUCUUUAACGACUUCCUCUCCAACUCAACCGUCACCUCCUGCUACUCCAUCUCGCUCCUCCUCCACGACUCCACCUCCUUCUUCCACACCCUCACCUCCGCAACCGCCACCUCGCACGUCCUCGACCUCUCCUGCGCCGCCUCCGUCGACACCUGCACCUCCAUCUUCAACCGCCUCGCCACUAACCUCCUCAAAGACGACGCCUGCGGCAAAGACUAUAAGCUCGGGAACCCGCUCGUCGCCAGCGCCUACACAGGCUUCAUCACCUACGAGCCCGUCUACCGCGCCACCUGCCUCAAGAACCCCGACACAAACGAUUAUUGUUUUGUCGACGCAGCUACCAACGCCUCCUCCCCGCAGAACCUCGACACCUACUCCAUCCCCGCCGGGUACCCCACCGACGAAGCCCCCUGGCCCACCUGCAACGAGUGCCUGCAAGCCAGCAUGGAUAUCUUCAGUCGCUGGGCGCAGGUCGACGGCCAGCCGCUCACGAGCUCCUAUCUCCCCUCUGCAUUGGCGCUGAACCGGCACUGCGGCGAUAAUUUCGCGAAUGUGAACAUCACCGUUGGCGAGAAAGCGAAAACGACGUCGGGGGCUUGGAGGCCCUCAGCGGUCGAUUGGCGGUUGAUCGGGUGGACGGUGGCGCUGAGUCUUGGGAUGUCGCUGCUGUGA